ACUCCUUUUCUGCGAUUACUCCAACUUUCCAUGGCUUCGUUCAUACCCAACCUCGAGCCCCGCCCUGACACGUCACCUGAGUUUAAAAGGAAGAAACGGAGGAAAACAUAUGAAAACCCAGGUCCUUGUUAUCCAACCCAAGGUAACCAAAGAAUCAAGCGAUGGCGAACCCUACGAGAGCAACACAUCUACUCUUCCAAGCUCAUUGAAGCUCUCUGUCGUUCACGUCGAACCUCCUCUUCUGCUGCUGCCAAGGAAGUCCAUGAAACGGCUGACAGAGUUCUCGCCAUAUCGGACAAGGGAACGACGCGUUGGAGCAGAGCAAUUCUCACCAGUCGGCUCCACGCUGGUGCCAAGUUGAGGAAACAUAAGAAAGCCAAGGUCACCGCAAAUACAAGGUUGCAAAAGCCACAGAUUAACGGAGAGAAGAGAAAAUUAACUGUUGUUGAGAGGAAGUUGAAGGUUUUGAGACGGCUUGUUCCUGGUUGCCGGAAACUAUCGUUCUCGAACCUUAUUGAAGAAACUACCGAUUACAUAGCGGCUUUAGAAAUGCAAGUUCGGGCCAUGACGGCUAUUACCGAACAUCUUGCUAGCGCCCUUGGCGGUGGAGCGCAGCCGCCGGCAAAUCGGCUUGGCUCUAAUGUCAACUCGUAAGAAUCGU